CCUUCUGUAUUUCUCCUCCCUCACAUUAUAAACUGCCAUUUCUCUUUCCCCCUUCAUCUCUUCCUCUCCCUUUCUCUGUAGCUAUUAGUAAAUGGCACAAAAUAACGAGAUUGUCAAGUCGGGCUACUUAACAAAGAGCCCACCACUCGAUGCACCGUCCAUCUCUCAAUGGAGGCGCCGCUGGUUCGUACUCCGUGACUCCAUAAGGUCCUACCCAUUGGCUGAGCGAUACGUUAGACUGGAGUAUUAUCAGAACGAGAGUGAAGCAAGGAAGCUCUCUGAUCCAAAAGGGAUUGUGAACCUGACUGAAUGCUAUCGUGUCUCUGGCUCUGUAGCUGUCAAAGGUCACAAAUACGUAUUUGACGUUUGCACUAAAGACAGGAAGUAUCAUCUUGCAGCCGACACUCCGUCAGAGAAGCACAUGUGGAUACAGACGCUGAAUGAAGUGUUAUUUUCCACAAGUGUCGUCCCUUCACAAGUAACUGAAAUAACAAAGACCCAGGAUUUAGAAGAUGCAGAGUUUCAGAUUCAAAGAAGAAAGUCACAGUCAAAGGCAGCUCUGAAGCAGAUUUCAUUAGAGAAUGUAGCUGUGGAUGUUACUCAAAGGCCACUCAGUUGUUUUGAGCAAUCUAGAGUUCCUGCGCAACCACGAAACAAAAGACCUCUACCUCCAACUCCUGAUCAAGAAAUUUCACCCCUUCCUAUUGCAAUGACAAACACAACAACGCGCCCACCUGGCUCUCCGAUACCCAAACCAAGAACGAAACUUGAUACGUCAAGAUCUCCAAUCAGUUCACCUCAGCAGAAUGGCGGCUUAUAUUCCUCGCCAGAUCUAAGCCUAAGAGGGAUGGGGGGAGGUACGUGUAAAGGAGGGGAUAUGGGCGGCGUGGUCCCGUCUGCUAUUGCUAGCGAUUAUGAAGUACCUGUCCAGUCUUCGUAUCAGAAACCAAUGGGUCAUGGAAGGAAUUCCGCUCCUUCUCUACCGAUAAAAGCCGAGGAAACUCCUCCCCCUCCUCCGCCUCGGAGAAAAGGUGGUUCUCAAGGAGUACCAGAUUCAUCCAUGAUAUCAGUGUCGGAGAAAUUGAUCACUGAGCCACCAGCUGAAGACUAUGAUGUAAUUCAGCCAGCUGAAGACUAUGACGUAAUUCGCUACUCACCUGAUAAUAUAGAUGAUGAUGAUGAAGAAGAAGGAGCUUAUGGCCACUUGAUGAAAAUAGGCCCGAUUUAUGAGCCACAUGGAGACACAAGUGAAAUACCUUUAUCCGUCCACACGUCUCUGCCUUGUUCCUUCACUCCUAAUCCACCAGUACCUCCUCUUCCUUACGCUGUUGAUACAAAGACUAAAAGAACAUAUUAUGAGAACACUGGUUUUGUUCCUGUAAGAGAAGAGACUUACACUAAACUAUCGCACUUCAACUAAACCCAGCCUCCUUCUCCAGAGUAUCAGUUUUGUUGUAAUAAUCACUCCAUCAUUCAUUUCAUACAUUCGUUGAAAUUUUUUAACCAUACUGGCAUAAAAACAUUCUCUCUCUCUCUUUCUCCUUUACUCCAUCAGAUUUUUAAACAUAAUUAGUAAUAAUCAUUUCUUGUUUUUUUUAGAUAUUUAUGUGCUUUUAAUGCACAAUAUUUCUCUCCACUAUUGGUGUUUUAAGUAUCAUCAUCAUUGUUGUUGUUAUUAUAAUUUUAAGGCAAUUGCCUCAAGGCCAGGAGAGUAUAAAACAAAGAGA